AUGUCCAGCAAGGGGGCCACUGGCAGCGACAUCGGGCAGGCCCGCCGGGCCGUGGAGCAGCUGCGGAUGGAGGCGGGCAUCGAGCGCGUGAAGGUGUCCAAGGCGGCUGCUGACCUGCUGCAGUUCUGCACGGAGCAGGCCAAGAGCGACCCCUUCCUUGUGGGCAUCCCAGCGGCUGCCAACCCCUUCAAGGAGAAGAAGCCCUGCGCCAUCCUGUGA